AAAUAUUUUUUUUCUUAUUCAGUCAUACUUCAUGUUCAUUCUUCAUGUCAAUCUUUGUUGAUAUUUUAUUUUGCGAGAAUGAGUGUGUUGUGAAAUCAAAACGUUUAUUAUAAAUUCUGCCCAUCAAUAUCGGAUUAUUGUGUAUCUAAUUCAAGUCUAGUUAUUGUUAUGACUUCUCUUUUAUUACUUAAAUCCAUGUUAUUUGCGAAUGCUUUGCAAAAGAACAAAAAGAAGAAGAAAAGAAAAAUAAAGAAAAUCCACCCAGCAAAAAAAUUAAAUAUAAGCAUGUGUAGAAUUUGCAAUGAAGAAAAAGGUGAUAUACCCAUAUUUGAUAAUUUUUCCCAGCCAAAUAUACCUGAAGAAAUUCAACACUUUUCAGGAGUAACUAUGAAUAAAUCAGACAAUUUUUCUAAACACAUGUGCCAAAAUUGCCUGGACUUGUUAAAUGGAUGUAUUGUGUUCAGAGAAAUGUGUCAAAGAAGUAACAAAAUAUGGCUGGAUGUCUCAAUUAAAAAGGAAUGCCAAACAGUUUGCAGUGCCUAUGAUGACAGCCGAGUGCAGGGUGACAGUGAUGAGUCAUACAACAUACCCUCACCAGUAUUUUCUGAAGACAAUUCAGAGCUGUGGAGUUGUUCCACUUGUAACAAACAGUUUUAUGAUCUGGCAUCAUACAACAAUCACCUAUCAAAAUGUAGUAUAGAGAACAAUGAUGCAAAUGCAAAGCCAUCCAAGGAAGUAACAAAAAGAAAGUUUCUAUGUGAUAUAUGUGGUAAAACUGCCUAUUCAAAUGCAAGCCUUUUAGUGCAUAUGGGUAUACAUGAAAACAUAUUUCCCUUCAAAUGCGAUGUAUGUCCAUACCAAGGUAGAACAAUGGAUCUAUUAAAAGUGCAUAAACGAUCACAUCUAGUGGACAAACCAUUUAAAUGCACCCAGUGUCCAAAAGCAACCACAACAUCAAGCAAUCUCGCUAAACAUAUGCGACACGUUCAUAGUACAGCGAGGCCACAUAAGUGUAAUUAUUGUGAUAAAGCAUUUUCAUACCAACAUGAUAUGAAGAGGCAUAUCAAAGACAUACAUCUUAGGCAGGGCACAGUUGAGUGUGACGUCUGCUAUAAGAAGUUCAACACUAAAAAAAUACUACAAGGUCACAGAUGGAAAAUUCACAAGAUCAAAGGUGAAAGACAGGGCAGGUUACCGUCAUACUUGCAGUACCAAAUGGAGGAACAAAACGAAAACAAUAUGGCGGACAGUGAUCCCAAUUUUUAGCACAUGAAUAGUAUUAGAAAUAGCCAAUCUAAUGUAUUAUUUAUAUCAAAAAGUGUUAGGUGUAAUACAUACACUGUAUAGAUAGUGGAAGCUCUCUUGACAAAUUUUGUAAUCAUUUUAUAUGCGCCUAGUAAGAACUUGCAAAAAAAGCUGUAUUGAUUCUGGACUCUGGUCACGAUUGCAUUCCAAUAUUCACAAAAAAGCCUUGUCAAUUGUUAACUUUAAAUACCGUAAAAUCAUUAAAUAUAGAAGUAAUUGAUUUGUAUAGUAUGAAAUAUACAAGAUUUUUAGAUUCUGAUUGCGUCUAAGUUAAAGGGAAAUUAAAUGUAUGUAAUUUUUGUCGUACUUAUAAAAAAUGUAAACAAAUCUUAAAUACUAGUAUUAGGAGCAGCUUUAAUGAGUGUAUAAAAACAUCUUCAUCUGAUGUUUAAUUCUUAGUAUUUCAAUUGCACAUCCUAUCACAACUAGUUCUUCUUCUUCUUCUUCUUCAGCCUUCAUCUACCUAAUGCUGAGUAAAGGCCUCUUCCAUAUUUCGCCAACUAGCGCGGUCUUGGGCUUUCCGCAUCCAGUCUUUCCCGGCUGUUCGAAUGAUGUCGUCGGUCCAUCUUCGCGGCUGCCUCCCCACGUUCAUGUGCCCAGUUCUUGGCCUCCAUUCUAGUUCCUUCCUCCCCUAUCGGCCAUCUGAUGUGCGGCUUAUGUGGCCUGCCCAUUUCCACUUCCUUCGUGCUAUGACUUCGGCUACGUCUCGUAGACUGGUUCUCUUGCGGAUCUCGGUAUUGUACACUAUAUCUCGAAGAGAAAUACCCAACAUAGCUCUCUCCAUAGCCCUCUGGGUAACUUGAAGUCGAUGACUCAGUUGUUUGGUGAGCGACCAGGUUUCAGCACCAUAUAUCAUGACGGGGAGGACGCACUGUUCGAACAUUCGGCGUUUGAGGUUCAGAGGCACUUUCUUGGCUUUGAGUACAUCGGACAGUUUGCCAAAAGCUCCCCACCCUAGUUGGAUGCAACGCUUGAUCUCGCGGUCUUGUUCAUUUUUCUCGAGACUCUAAGUUUGGCCCAAGUAGACGUAUUCCUCGACUCUCAUUAUGCGUUGGCCCCCCACAACCAGGUAUUGAGUGUCGGAAUCGGGGCACAUAAUUUUGGUUUUUGAAGUAUUUAUUUUUAGACCAACACUAAUUGAUGCGGAGCACAGCUCUUCUAUCAUGGUCUGCAAAUUCUCGCUGUUGUUAGCAAACAGAAUGAUGUCAUCUGCAAAGCGAAGAUGUGACAGAUAUUCCCCGUUUACAUUGAUGCCUCUAUCCGACCAAUCAAUAAGCUUAAAUACGUGCCCCAUACAUGCUGUGAACAUCUUGGAUGACAUAGUGUCCCCCUGUCUCACUCCCCUCUUGAUGGGCACUGGCUUUGUCAGGUCAUGUAAUUUUACUGGUAUGUCUCUUUGAUUGCCUGCACGUAUCUGCAGUCUACCUGGCAUCUUUGGAGAGAGUGUACGACGGCCCAAUGUUCUACCGUGUCAAAAGCCUUUUCGAAGUCGAUAAAGGCCAUUGCGAUGGGUUGGUUGUAUUCUAUACACUUUUCCAUUAUUUGGCGGACUGUGUGGAUGUGGUCAACCGUAGAGAAGGCACUCCUGAAUCCUGCCUGUUCAGUGGAACACAAUCAGUGGAUUAUGCGGCGUCUAGCCUCGUGGUAACUCGCAACGUUAUUACCUUAGUGAAGAGUUUAUAGACAUGGCUGAGCAAUGAAAUGGGUCGUUAGUUAACAAGAUUGGUGACAUCUCCUUUCAUGUGUAGAAGUAUAACUACCGCAUUUUUCCAUGUGUCUGGUGUUAUGCCUUCAAAAAGUGCUUUGUUGAACAACAGCUGGAGUUUUUUUAACACUGGCUUCCCACCCAGCAGGAGGUGACGGUGAGGUCGUAUGUGACUUUAUACAGUCCAGGCAAUUUCUCUUUCUUCAUGCGUUUCAGCGCAUUCUUGAUCUCAUACAAACUUUCUUCCGGUAAAUCCUCCGUAUGAUGUCUCACUAAUUUUGCUCUUGGAUCUUUACCAGGUGUAGAAGGUGUUGGUUCGGACACUCGAGAGCUAUACAGUUCUGUGUAGAAUUUCUCUUCUCUACUAUAACAAUUACAAUAACCAGCAAUUAUAACUAACUACAUUAACUUGUGCAUGAAAAUAAAACACAUCAGUUUGUUUACAUUUUAUAUACAAAUUCUACUAAUAUGAAGUACCUACCUACAUCUACAAGUUUCCGAAUGUCGACUGCCUGCCUAGCGCAAUGGCUUGGAUUUACAUAUUUUUAUUUUUAAAUAUACAUACUUAUUAUAUCCCAUUAAAUUAGUCGUAAUAGUAGAAGGCAUAGGUAACUUAUAAUACACACACUAAAACUGAAAA